AAAAAAAAAAAAACAGGGGAGGAGAAGGGACCAAAAAUGGCGUCCACAACGAUCACUAGCUUUCUGCUCAUGCUUCUGCUCUUUUCACUGCAACAAUGGAGCUCCUGUGCACAAAUUGGCCAUGGUAAGUGGAAUAUGCUCCAUAUGCUUUGCGAAUUGGUGUGUCAUAUUGCGGUAUAUGUUGAUCAAAGCAUGCAUGUGCCUCACUGACUGUGGAAACAUUUUCCCAGCCAUGGAAGAAAAAUUGGUUCUCGACAGAGCUGGAGUGGAGGUGUUAGUAGCUGGAGGCUCCUCAUCGAAAGUUCAAGAGGAACUACAUGACCACAAUCCUUCUACUUCUGAAGUAGUGAGAGACACUGAUCUAGGAAUCGAGGAACGAAAGUUGAAGUCGAGAAAGUUCUUGGGACAAAGAGCAGCAAAAGACGUGGUUUCGAGUAUGCAAAUGAAUCCUGAGAGUGCAGCAUCAUCAUCACCAUCAUCAACAGGAAAGGACCAAAAUGCUUCAAAGUUGCCCCAAGCUAGCUCACCUGAGUACAUGGAAGAUCAGAACGAAGGAGGCAAGAGAGGAACAGCAAGACCCAUCAGAGUCUCCUUCACAAGGAAGAUGAUGGUGUAUUCACCAGAUUCAAGGCCUGUGCAUUGCGAUUCAACGAGAAGCUCGAACUGCCCGUCAUCCCGAGAACCUUAUAUCGACGGCAGCCUCCAGAAUCUUGAUACCAAAAAGGAAAUCACAGAGUCUGCUCGUGAGAUCAUGGCCCUCACCAACAGAGACUACCACGGCAGCGGUCGGCACCCGCCUCCGAUCAACAACGGACACCCCUUGUCUCAGCAACACGAGCCCUAGCUGUCUCUCGGAGUUUCACGAACUCGUUUCUCGAAUUUUGGGGUUGUUUUACGCGAGAAGCGGGCGUUUUUGUCUUCACUUACUAUAGGCUACAGUAUAACUACUGACAUGAUAGCUCCUGCUGUAAUUUCUUUCUAGUUGAGUGAUCAAUGUACUCAUGAACACUGGCAACUUUUCCAUUCCGUGCUAAACACGGUCAAAGUGACGAGAAAAAGAGACGGAUCCAUGG